ACAAAGAACAAGAACACCAGAGAGUAUCUGUGGAAUUAAACCCAAAGACUAUGAAUGGAGUAGAACAGCAUGAGUCUCUUCAGUCAUCAGUUCAACUCCAGUGUAACCUAGGCAGGCCAAAGUCAAAGUCUUCCUCAGUUAAAUCAUCCAAUGCUACAACCCAACUUGAAACAAAGACAGAUGAUUCGGUCAAAAAAAGAGGGCCGAACAUUGAAAAAUCAGUAAAAGACUUGCAGCGUUGCACUGUUUCUCUAACCAGAUAUCGUAUGAUGAUCAAAGAGGAAGUGGAUAAUUCAGUGAAGAAGAUCAAAGCUGCUUUUGCAGAAUUACACAGCUGCAUCGUAGACAAAGAAGUGUCAUUAAUGGCAGAAAUUGAUAAAGUAAAAGAAGAAGCCAUGGAAAUCCUGACUGCUCGGCAGAAGAAAGCUGAGGAGCUGAAGAGACUGACGGACCUAGCCAGUCAGAUGGCCGAAGCACAACUGUCUGAACUCAGGGCUGAGAUUAAGCACUUUGUGAGUGAGCGGAAAUAUGAUGAAGAGCUGGGCAGGUCUGCCCGAUUUUCCUGUGAUACAGAACAGCUGAAGACCCAAAUUCAGCUCUGUGGAGAAAUUUCUCAUCCAAAGAACAACUAUUCCUCAAGAACACCAUGUAGUUCAGUGCUGUCUUCAAUGACCUCGCAUGCAACAACUGGCAAGCAAAAUACACACACACGAAAGUCCUCUACUAACGCCAAGAACUCUGACAAUAAAACAGCCAGCACUAAAGUACAAAGUCAUCUUUCUGCCAAUGUUACAGAAUCUUCUUCCCAAGGAAUCCCAACAAAUAAGCAGAAUGGGCCUUCUAGCCAGAGACGAAGAUUCAACCCCCAGCACCAAAACAUCCGGCUCAAUGGAUCCAUUAAGUCACAAGGUGCCAGUAAUGAGGCAGAUCAAAAUAAUCUAAAGAGCAGUUCCAAGUCUGAACACAGAAGACAGCAGCAUAACAGCUUCAGAUCUAAAAAUAAAGGAGCUAUGAAAAAUCAAGAGCCAUCCACAACUACAAGGACCACAGAGAAUCCAACACAUUCAGAAAAGACCCGACGAAAGCAUCCUACACCAGACACCGCAGAUCACAGGCCUUUCCAAGGCAGUGUUGGCAGGGUGUCACAAUGCAACUUAUGCCCUGCAAGGAUGGAGGUCUCCGCUGACGCCACUGUUCUUUCAGUGCCCGCUGUGACUUUGGUGGCUUAAAAUGCCAAGGUGACGGCAGGCAAAGAAAUUCAAUGUCUUCAUUUUAGUUUCUUGCUUGACAUGCUUGUGGGUGAAGAAAAUAAGUCAGAACAUAGUCAUUUUAAAUCUGUUGCUGCUUAAAACUUGUUGGUAUCUUUAUUACUAAUUAUCACAAUUAAUUCAUACUUUCGGGGCUUUGCCAAAUACAUUCACAGUUAUUUUGUCAAGACACUACAGAAUCUUACCAAAGCAGCGUUUACUUCUUAGAAAAUGAGUUCUAGAUUGGAAAAAUAAAUUGCUAAUGAAAUUCAUAAUAGCAAAAACCUGUUGUAGAUAUGUGGUUAUACCAGUCAUCAUUAUUGGUUUUUAGAGCAGCCUGUGUUAGAAGGAUCCCAGGAAGUCUGUAUGCCGUGGUCUGCAAUGAAAUCAGAUAAUCCUGUAGAAUUUUUCAGCAAAUAUCUAUAACCCUCUUUCUUUCUGUGCGUGCAUACAUGUACAUGCAUGCACACUGUAUACACAGAGAGUAUUGUUAUAUACAAGAAGAUUUGAAAAAGCAACACAUUUGAUUUUAGCUUAUUAUUCCAU